AGCGAGUGGAUCGUGCGUUCUCGGCUCACCGGCGCGGCGGCCGACCUGCGCCGAGCGACCGUUCGCUCGGCAACCCUUGGCACCGCUCAGUAGUCUCGCGCGCGUCGAUUUGAGUGUAUCGUCUUCGUAUCGUUCGAUCAUUCGCGAGGUGUUCCGUCUUCCCCGAUCCUUCGCGUUUCUCGGAGCCUUUUCCCGAGGAGUGCCUUCGUCGGUCAUCCGGCAGUUCGAUAUUCUUCCCCUGAUCUGGAUCCGUCGAUCUUGCAGGAUCUCAGAUCGGGCCGGCGUGGUAUAUCGAACGGAACGAGCGUCGCGAUCGAGUUCGCGAAAGUGGAGCGGUCACGUGAGAUCCGGUCUCGGGAGGACAGGAAAAUAUGAGCAUCUCGUGAAGUCGGGAAAAGCGGAGUUUUCAUCUGGGAGGUCAUCAUGGAGACCGAGGAACUCACCAGGCUCGUCGACGAGAUCUAUAAGAACAUUUUGGACAAGUUCAACCCUGGCGCCAGGCAGCUGAUCAACGCGGGUAAAGCGUAUCUGAAGGCCCUUCACGGAGCUGCGGCGGCGUCGCGAGUUUACGUUGACGCUUUGUCCCGAUUAGCUCGUCAAGCUCAGCUGGGAACAUGGGGCGGCUCCAAGGAUGUGGGAUUCGCGCUGAUGAGAAUUGUCGAGGUGUACAAGGAGAUUCAGGAGCAGGAGAUGAACAUUCUGAAAGCGUUCUACGUGGACCUGCUGGUGCCCUUGGAGACCAACCUGGAGAAAGACACAAAAGUCGUCCAGAGCGAGCAGAAGAAGUUUCUCCAGCAACACAAGACCAGAUCCGAGACAUAUAGCAAGGCCGCCGCGACUAUGAAGAAGCAGAGGAAGAAAUCCAGGGCCGCGAAUAAGAGCGGCCUCGCCAUGGACAAGGAGUUGAAGAAUAUGCAGAUCCUCGAGGAGGAGAAGACCAAACUCGACGCUUUCUGCGAGCAGAGCUUGAAGAACGCGAUGACUCAGGAGAGACGACGAUACGGUUUCGUGUUGGAGCGACAAUGCUCCUUGGCGAAGCACUAUGCGAGUUUUCAUGAGGUUGCACUGGCCGCGCUUCAUCCCUCGGUUGAUAAAUGGCGCGAGGUUGCCGCCACCAGGGAAUACUUGCCCCAGUCCGUGGAGGACAUGUUCGCUUCCAGACUCAGGGCGUCGUUUUGGCCGGAGGACGAGGAAAACGGCGGCUCCGAGCUGACGACUAUGAGCUCGCAAUUGAGGAAGACCCGCAGCAUGGACAGCUCCUGCCUGGAGCUGCGACUGGGCCCGCUACCCGGGAAUCCGCCGUCGUCCGCUGGUCACCUCGGUCCGAUGCCGCAUCUCCCCGCCGCCCUCUCCAGAGCGAGGUCGGAGGCCAACCUGCACGCCUCGACGUUAUCCCUCGGCCCCGAGGUUCCAGAGACCCCACCCCGACCUCGAUCCAUGGCGCCCCCCGUGUCCCGUAACAGCGGCGGCGGGACUGGGGUCAGCGCAGGAGGUUGGGGGGAUGCGCCCCUCGCCAGGGCUCUCUUCGCCUACCUCAGCUCGGGGGAGAAUCAGCUGAGCUUCCUGGAGGGUGAUCUCAUCGCACUGAUGGGCGACCGGCAGAAGGGAUGGCAAUUUGGCGAGAACCUCCGCACUCAGAGCUCGGGGUGGUUUCCCCUGGCGUAUACCGAAAUUAUAAUCGACGACACUUUAGGAAUCGCGACGGGGCAGACGUUAACCAAGCGAUGUAAACGAAUGCGUUGUCCGAUCGUACAAAGAUCGCCGAGUCACGGAGCGAGCAACGGUCGUACACCGGAGCCACAGGCGAUUCCACCGUGCAAACCACCACCCUCUCGACCGCCGGUCACGCCGGCCGGUAUCGAUGAGCCGUCCGUAGGAGCUCCCGGUGCUGGCAACAGCUCCGCCAACAACAAUAACAGCAGCAACAGCACCAACAACGCCGGCAACAAUGGCAGCGCUGCCGGCACGCCGACCAAUAACCCGAGCGUCUUGGCGACUCCGACCGCGCGCCAAUCGAAAUCGAUCCGUCCAUCGGGCACACUGCCCGCCGUACUGGCCGGAGGCCGACGAGUACAGCCGCCCGUACCUCCAGUGCCACCCCCGGCGAUGACGUCCCUCCACAGCAGCAACGACAGUGGUUUCUCCAACGAGCCGCCGGUCCAGCCUGACGUCGAUUACAGCGACGACGAGGCAAUGAGACAACGGCGCCGGAAGCCGCGGGGCGGAGGGGAACGCGCGCCUCCGAAGGACGAGAAGCAGCAGCAGUCGAAGGACUGGGAGAAUGACUCCUGGAAGACGAUCCCGCGGGACGAGAAGUCCUGGCAUCUGUAUCGCACCGCGAUGGACCUCUGGGCGGAGUCGAAGGCCAAUCAGGCCAGCGAGGAGGCCAAGAAGUACUACGAGAUGGAGAACGGCGACUUCGCGCUGGAGAACGGCGAUGUGGCGAAGAGCAAGCGGAAGAGCAAGAAAACGCAGCCGACGAACGAGCGACCCAGCCCGAAUCAGCGCACAACCGGCACGAAGAUGUCGGACGACCGAGGCGCGCCGGCCGCCAGCCGGCGCGGCGAGCAGCGUCGCGUCGAAAAGCGCACGCAGACGGAGACCGAGGAGGACGAGCUCGAGGAGGACGAGGAGGACUUCGGCGCGGCGGAGUAUCGCGCUGGCAAAUUCUACUCGGACAGUCAGGAUAGCCAGCAAGAGCAGCGCAGAGGCGGGAACGGCUUCGAGGCGGACAAGUACGGCAAGUCCUCGAGCUCGCCGUCGGAGUCCGACGACGAGAGCACCAUCACCAUCCCGGAGCCGGGGCGGAAGGUCGAGCACAUCGCGCAGAAGCUCGAGCAGACGGCGCAGAAGUACGCGCGCGAGCACAGCCCGCCCAAGUUCCUGGAGCGGCGUGACCGAUCGACGGCUACCGAGUACAAGAGCCUGGAGCGGAACAUGCGCGAGCCGACGGUGCAUUCGCGACGCGAGCGGAUGCCGACGACGGAGUACAAGAGCUUAGAGCGGGGUCGGGAAAGCGGGGCCGGCGGGCAGAGAUCGUUCGAGCGGCCGCGCGAGGAGAAGCAGCAACGGCCACGCGACGAGAAGCGGCCACGGGACGACAGGCACUCGCUCGAGCGCGGCUCUCGCGAAGACGAGCAAGCUUUCGAGCGGAGCUCUCGGGCGGAGGAGAAGGCGAGCUUCGAGCGCUCGCGGGAGGACAAGCAGAGUUUCGAGCGCGCGCGGGAGGACAAGCCGAGCUUCCAGAGGCCCCGGGAGGAAGCUCAGUCGUACGAGCAGCGGGGCCGCUCGACCAGGAACGAGCAGGAGCGCGCGUACUUGGAGCAGCGGAAGGAAGUGGUGGGUUACGAGCGAACUUUCGAGAAGAAUCGGAACAAGACGGUGGAGCGACUGUCGAGCCGGCGCUUCGAGAGACCUCGGCCGCCGUCGCAGGAGGCUCCGGAGCGGCCGGUAGGGCCCUACCGGGAGCGCAGGUACUCCGACAAGGAGGAGGUGAUCUACGGAGAGACCGGCCGGUACGGGGCGAGCUCGUUGGAGAGAGACCGUGGCUACGAGUCGAACUUUGAGACGAAGCUGGAGAGGACGAAGGUGAUCGAGAGACACGGCUACCACCCGGGCCUCCAGAAGCGCAACGAUGCGUCGAGGUCCAACGAGCACAGCAACGGCGACACGAACAACAACACACUGAUGAAGGCCGAGCGGAAGCCGCGGCAGACCGGCCGAGCCCUCGAGGAACAGAAGAGCCCGAAACUGGUGAAGCGCACCAAGUCCUUCUGGAAGUUCCGCCGGGACUCGGAGGUGCUGGAGGGUAUGGCGCUUUGGCAGCACCGCUCGCUCGUCGACAUCCCGAAGAUGAUCCGCAGGGAGAACAAGUCGGCGGAGCACGAUGAGAAGCAGAGGAACUCCGACGGCGGCAGUCCGAGCUCGAGUCUGGGCAACAGCGAGGGUACCAUCACGAACGAGCAUCAGCGGCACGACGAGCCGAAGCCGGCGGAGAGGAGCCACGUGCCGGACAAGACGGACUACUUCGAGGACUUCCCGACACCGGCGGAGCGACCGAAGGUCUCGGAGAGGUCGGAGUACAGGAUGCAACCGGAGGAGCGGACGUACUUCAUCGGCAACGUGUCGCGCAAGGCGAUCAUCGAGAAGGAGCGCAGGCGCAGCCUCGAGGCCAAGCGGAACAUGAUCGUCGCCGAGCUGAAGGAGAACAACGAGAGCAAGCGCAACGAGAUGAUGACGCGCGGCAGGAGGAACUACGACGACGAGGAGGACGCGACGCUCAACUUCAGCGAGACCGAGGCCUCUGACGAGGAGUCCACGUACAGCUGCAUCGUCGUCAAGGACCAGAGCGUGCCGGAGAAGACGCUGCUGCCGAGGACCAAGCUCAGACGGGACUCCGACCGGGAUAGGAACACCUGCGGCCCGUGGUACGAUCUCUGGGGCGUGGACGCGUCCGUUAAUAAGAAGAAGAAGAAGAAGCAGCAAUGAGGGCGACUGCUGGUGGGGAACAUGAAGAGGUCGCGAAUGGAUGUCGAAGUCGAGAGACGAAUAUGAUGAGAACGCUGAGCGAAAAGUGGAAUAUAGAAAGGACGAAGAGAAGAAUUAGAAACUAGAGUCUUUUUUCUCAAGAAGCAGAAGCGAAAGAAGAAGAAAGCGUGGAAUGGGCGAGGCGGCUGCUCACUUUGCUUGCAAUCUUAUUUGGAAUUUUCUUGUUUCUCCUUCGGUUCGGUUGGCACUCGCGUAAUUUUUACGAGCGGGGAUUCAAAUCGGCAAGUGGAUUUGAAUCGUCGAACAAACACCGAGCUCGCGCUCGUUUUUUUUUUUUUCUUCUUUUCUUUCACCACCUUGCAUCACCAUUACUCUCACCCCCCAACAAACCCCUUAGGUUCUUCCGACCAGCUUGUUCAUCCCGAAUCUUUCCGUGGCCACCGAAUAGGUUCGCGAAUGAACGACUCCGCACUCAGUUUCGAUGUGUUGUGCUCGCACUGGCUGAAUCCUGCCCGUUGCUUUGUUUCGUCUUCAACGAUUGGCUGUUGAUGUUGUAGGAGCUUGCAGCAUCGUCGAAGAAAGCGCUCGAUACACUUUUGCGACGACUUCUAGGCGUCUUAUCUCCUCUACAGAGAAGGAGCGAGCAACCGUAUCGGAUGAUGCAUCGCCUCAUCGGUUGCGAACAGUGUGUUAUUGUCUACCGUAUGCUGCACGCGUUGGCUCUCUUUCUCUCUCUUUUUUCCUCUCUGUUUUGCUAUUGCUGGCACAGUGAAAGUCGUUUGCUAGGUCACUCGCAACCGUUUCAGACUCUUGCCAUUUUUACGUUUUUACCGGUCGCUUUAAUUGUAUCGCAGAUUGGCCCGAGAUCGCACGUGUCUCUUUUUUUCUUCCUUGUACUUAGGACUUAGGAAUUUAGGAUUUAAGCAAUCGCUUGAAUUCAAUCUCACACACAUUCGACGUCGGGAUGUCGUUCGACCCGCACAAACGAGACGCCGGAAGAAUACGAUAUUAACGAGGUGGUAUUCUCGCGGAGUAUCCUCCCGGGGAAAGUCCCUUUUUUUGUUUUACGACACACACAGAAACACACAUACAUGCAUUUCGUUCGCUCGAAAUUCCAGAGCUCGUACGUGACCGGUGUCCAGUAAUUACGGACCCAGCCCCCUGCGCCCCGAUUAACCACGAUUAACGCCUUUCAGGACUAACAUAUUCGCGACUGUGAAGCUGCGAAAGACGAAGACUAACGACCGCUCGGCGCCGGCACUGUCAUGAGACAAGCUUGUUCUCUAGAUCACAUGUUUCUUGCGCUAGUAGCGAUUCGAGGAGAGAGGAUAAGGUAAAGACGCGUCCUCCCCUCGUCGAGAUAGAAGUUCCUUCGUCGCGCAGCGCGAGACGAGAAUCGACCGCCACGCGAUCAUCUGUCCGCGAAAAAAUCUUCUCUUUCUCGCGAGCGAACGCACGGCGCCGACCCUUCUCUGUAUUUACGGCGUCACGUAUCGCACUUUUAUCCGUCGCUUCGCUCCGGGUCCGUCACUCUCUGCGCGCGAAACGAUCAGCGCGAAUCCUGAUCGUGUACGGAGGAUUAACACGAUCGCACGAUCGCGUUGUUAAGGGCGAACUCGUAUCUUAACUGCGUUAACAUGGUUUCACGGUGUUAAUUGCUUAAUCGCGCGCUCAGCGGUUUUAACUACCUUAACUGUGUUGACGGAGUUAUGGAACGUCGAACGCACGCGAGGUUCCGCAGCGAGGGGUCGAAGUAGGUCCGCGAUAUUUCGCAGAGAGGUCCUGCUCGAGUCGAGUCGUGAUCUAUAAGGGAGAUUACCUUACGAAUUACGAACUUGCCGCGCUCCUCCGCGCCCCUGCGAAACGCGCACCCCCUUCUUCCCCCGGCGAGGAAGAACAACCCGGGACACUUUUUCCGACAAGCUCGCGAAAGUCGAGUCGAGAUCGAUGAGAAAGAGAAACGAUCGGGAAUUCUAGAUUUACCGUUUGUCAGUGUAUCAUAUUGAACGCUCUACUUAAUGCAUUUAUUACGGCAAUUUAUCCGGCAUAUACUGCGAAAGCAUCGUUCGUCCGCAAAUUUGAUAUAAUUCGAGUUUUUCGCGCGGCGCCAAGCGCCGCAUCGAGGUGUUUUCCAACGUUUUUUCAAUAUGCAUCGAAGCGAUUAGGGUAGACGUUAGGAUUAAGGAUUAACGUUCCGGCGCACGUUUAGGCGACUACAGGAAGAAGACGUCCAAUUUCGAAGCGGAAGGUGCGAAGGUCCGAGGCGGGUUUUAGGGCAACCGAUUUAUUGUAAUUUACAAUGCGCUAGGUUUAAGCAUCUCCAAGGAAGUCCACGCAAAAGAUGCAAAAUGUUAAUAUAUAUUAUAAAUAUAAUAUAUUAUGAUAUUAUAUAUACAUAUUACAUACACACGCACACACACACUCACACACACACACACACACACACACACAUUGUGUAAACGGUCGCCCGAAUCCGAUUUCGGCGAUUUGGGUUAGGUUAGGGUAAACGAAGUUUGUUAUAAUAAGAACAAUGUAUACAUGCAUAUACGUUAUAUAUAUUAUAUAUAUUAUUGUUAUUAUAUAUACCAAUUUUUUGACGUGCA